AUGAACGAUGGGAAACCACAUCCAACAUUCGAGCUGGUACUCCCCACACAUUGUAUCCGAACGAACUCCAGUGGAAAGAUGACUGCAAGACCAGGAUCGAUGGCCGCCCAACAAGCAGGCCUCCCCGAUGCAUUACUUGCGUCCAACAUUCCCCUGAUCAGGGCGCCCGGCACAUGGCUUCCCAAACCAAUUGCUUGUCCGAGCGACCUCCAUCCGUUGCCUGAAGACGUCACCGCAUAUUUUGUGUAUCCAUAUACGUUGGAGCCAUCGUCGAUAAGAUAUCUGCAUGGGCUCUCAUCCCACCCGACCAACUGGGAAACCACCCUACAAUCCACGCAAACCUACUUGGAGGACCGUCGACUCCGAAAAGAAGCAGAGCGGCUCCGGAUCGAGCUCGAGAAAGAACAGAGCAGGUUGGACUCCUUGAGGCUGAUUGCCCCCGGCUGGAAUGGAGCGAUGGAGUCGAUUCUGGGCGCUCCUUCUACUAGUGCUCCUCCGCCUACAUCCUCUGCCCCUUCCACUACUCCUCACGACUCUCAUCCCUCAUAA